AUGUCCCCUACGCCUUCGCAACACCAGCCAGAGACCACGCAAGUGGACCUCGCCUCCCGAGUCGAUAUCGAGGCAGAGCCGCUGCUCCAGCCCGAGACCAAGGAGCAUGACGUCUCCGCAUCCGCCAAGGGCGCUUUGAACGAGGACCACCUCGAGCUUCGUGUCGGUCAGGAAGAAGAGCGCCGCCGCAGCAGUCGGACCGCCCGCAUUCUUUCGCGCGGACUGAGGGGCAUCGCUCUUUUCCUCGUUGCUUUCUUGGCCGCCAAUGGCUUCUGGGCGCUCCUUCGUCCCGAGCUGUAUGGCCACAACGGUCUGAUCUCGAUGAACGGCAAACACCACGAUCACCACAAGCACCACAAGUAUCAUCACCAUCACCAUCACGACAAGCCUGGUCACCCUCCUCACGGGCCUCCUGGUCGCGGACCCGAACACCCACCUCCUCCGCCUCCCCACGGUCCUCCCGGCCACGAUCACCCUCACCCUCCUCCACCUCCUCCUGGUCCUCCUGGACACGACCACCCUCACCCUCCUCCGUCGCCUCCUCACAAGCCAGGUCAUGGACCGGGGGGAGACCGCCCUGGACCUCCCCCGCCGCCUCCUCACGGACCUCCUGGCCACGGCCCUCCUCACCCACCGCCGCCUCCGCCCAGGGUGCAGGCUUGCUUUGACCUGGUGCCGGGAAAGUCACUCAGCAUUAAAUCACCGCUGCACUGGGCGGGGCAGGCGGUCGAGGUUGCGCCUGGUCUGGCCGGAUCGAGCGUGACCUUUGUCUGGGACGGCAAGGUGGGCCCUCCCUCUCCGCCUCGGCGCGGUCCCCACCCAGGACCUCCCCACCCUCCUCACCCGAGUGACCAAACCGAGGCUCAGCAGAACGAGAAGCCCAGGAAGAAGCUCGGCGAUGUGGUUUUCGAGAUCGAGGUGCCUGCCGAAGACCAGUGGAAGACCGCCGGCAUUUCCGCUAAGGAGCUGAGGCUCUGCUCGGUGCGAGGCCCCGCGGUUGGCGUCGACAUCUUCAACGCUACCGGCAUUCCUCCCCGCCACGCUCGUGUUGAUCCUGCUUUCAACCAGGUCGCUCCCGGCUUCAACACCACCAUCUACCUCCCCAGCCACUAUGCUCGCUCCCCCGUGCGCAUCGGCCAUCCUUGA